AUGACUGGUUACAAGAGAGCCAAACUCGGUCAACUAAAUAGAUUGGUCACUUUGAAAAACAAGAUUUCUAUACAAAAGCACAAUAUUUCUGAUGCUGCAUCCAAAUCUAUCAGUGAUAUACACUUUGCGAAGAAGCUGGGAAGCCUACUGGGACAGGCUACAUGCACUUCGUAUCCAGAUCAUCAGAUAAAAUCGAUUCUUUGCUCUGUUGAUGUGAUAAAGAACAACUACAUGCGCAGUGGACGUCUCCGCAAGGAAGCAUGUGAAACUUCGGACUCCAUAAUUAAUCCUUAUGUACCGAAGGGCCAUCAAGCACUCUCCGAUCUAUCUGGCCUUUUAGAACGUGAUGUCUCUAUUCACUUACCUUUACUAGAGAAGAAGCAUAGACCCUUCACUCUCUCCUUCGUAUUUUCUGCUUGCCUGUUAUUUUAUUGGCGAAACAACAAUCCUGGUAGUAGAAAGUCACUUCAUGGUUUUAAUGUCUUAAUUACCGGCGGAUCAAGCGGAAUCGGUCUAUCUCUGGCUAAGCUGUUUUACGGAGCUGGUGCUAAUGUAACAAUCGUCGCUCGAGACCUGAAGAAACUUGAGUCUGCACGGGAAAUUAUAAAAUGUGGAAAAGAUAGAAAUAACAAUGUCUUUAUUUUGUCAGUUGAUUUGACCUCAGAGUAUAGUGUUCUAAAUGAAAUCUUCAGUAAACAUGUGGCUACUCUUGGAUCUGUUGAUAUUUUAGUGAAUUGUGCUGGCUAUGCUGUUGCGCGCAAGUUUUUGGAUACUCCUACUGAUGAUAUCCAGGGAAUGUUACAUUUGAAUUACUUAUCUGCUGUUCAUGUGACAAGAAUUUUAUUGCCUUACAUGUUAGACCAGAAAUUCCACCAGACUCAUGAACGACGCAUUGCCUUCAUUUGUAGUCUUGCCAGUCAAGUAGGUGUGUAUGGUUAUGCAGCGUACACGGGUAGUAAAUAUGCUUUACGUGGUUUCGCGGAGACAUUGGAAAUGGAGUUGGGACAUAAAGGCCCAUUUGUAACAAUCGCUUUCCCACCCGAUACAGACACUCCGGGAUACAUUAUGUAUUCUUAAAAUGUUCAUGUUUCCUUGGAAUUGGUUAUAUGGAAAACACAAGUGUUUGCGCGAUUAGGCAUUAUACAAUCGGAAAUACUAGUUCAUGUUUAGUGUUUAUCUUUCUCAGACAGGUAUUGGGACUAGUUGAAUUUUCUUAUCACGUAAUACAUUUAUUUGCUGAUUUCCAUCUACUGUCCAAUGUAAUUUACACAUAAUAUCAUGAUUCUUUGACUGAGAUAGUUUGGACAUGUAUUACAUACACACAACUAUUUACCUCGAUACGCAGUGUUAAAUGACGUGAAUUAAGUUGGAAGAAAGCUAGGGACAGUAAAACUAGGACGUCUCAUCCAUGAAGUUAUUGACUCUUCAUCUAAAUCAUAGUGUUUGAAGUAUGCCUACCUGGCUGGAGUCCGUACGAUUAUUACGUUCAGUGGUUGGAGAUACUGAGUGAUAUGGUUCAAAAUUAAUCAUAGUGAUGGAGCUAUAUUCUCUGCAUGUUCAUCUCCAGAUUCCGAGUUUCAGUAUUCUUGUAUAACUUUUAUUGCGCGAAUCCUGUUUGCUUUUCGAAUCAUUUUCUUUAUGGUUAGUCUCAUUUACUGCCACUGAUACGUCCAUUUUUACUACUUGUUGUUUUGAGAACUUAUUUUUAAUUAAUAAUUGAGUAUAAUAAAACAUUUCAUUCGAAAUUUUUAAAAACAAAAUUCAUAUUUUUUAGCGUGAAAAUGUUGGUAAACCAGUUGUAACUAAAGCGAUAUCUGCUACUGCAGGGCUAGCGUCACCGGAUGAUGUGGCAAAGUCUGUAUAUUUGGAUAUAAUGAAUGGAAAAUUGAUUAGUACAUGUGGAUUAGAAGGAGUAUUUCUUUCUUGGAUAACUGCUGGGAUAUUUCCUCCUUGCGUGUUAUACAUAAUCAAAACAAGCAUAAAGUUUCAUGAAAUAUCAGUGGAAUUUAUUUUUCCUCUAACAGUAAUUGGAGAAGAAAACGAUAAAAUAUACGAAUAAAAUAAUGAAGACUUCAAUUGUUUGCUAAAAGAAUUUCAUUUAAUUAUAUACUUUUAAUUUUAUUCAUUGUAUCCUUUUUUUUUAAAAAUGAAAUGUAACUCAUGAUGUAUAAGAUUUUGUUGAUUUUAUUUUUUGCUUGCUUCUUAAUAAGAUUCAAUAUUUCCUUCUGAAAUACUUUUUCAAAGUGAUAAACAUUUCUGAAUCAGCUGAAUUCUAAAAUCUUACACUAUUAUGUUUGACAACUGUGAAUUGUGCUUAGCAACUCCUUCGAUAUUUCAUAUUACCACUGGUAAAGUAAUUCUGAAGAAAUUCAUUUCAUAAAUUUGUAUUUUUCUAGAUUUAUUCAAUUAAAUCUCUGUCAUUAUCUGUUCAAAAAUUACAGGCCAGACUAUCGUAUAAUUUAUUUGAAAUACUUGACGUAGUACUUAU